AUGUGGGCCAUCAUGACUGUUGUGGUUGUUUUUGAGUUCUAUGCAGGUGCCACAUUAAGCAAAGGUUUGCUCCGUGGAGUUGGAACUAUACUUGGAGGUGGAUUAGGGUGCUUGGCAGCAAUUAUGGCAGAUGAUUUAGGAAAGAUAGGAAAUGCAGUAGUGGUUGGUGCUUCAGUCUUUAUUUUUGGCGCUGUGGCAACAUACUGUCGAUUGAUUCCAAGUAUAAAAAGGAGAUAUGAUUAUGGGGUGAUGAUCUUCAUUCUCACCUUCAAUCUGGUAGCAGUAUCUGGUUUGCGUGCUGAUAAAAUUCUUGAAUUAGCCCGUGAGCGUUUGUCAACAAUUGGUAUGGGUUUUGCUGUGUGUAUAUUCAUCAGUUUACUCAUUUUUCCAAUGUGGGCUAGUGAUGAACUUCAUCGCGUGGCAUCCUCCAACUUUGACAAACUGGCUUGCUGCAUUGAAGAUUGCAUGAAAGCGUACUUCAGUGUAGUCAGUGAGAAAGAAAGCAUGCCAAGCAUUAGUGUCAGUGGUUGCAAGUCAGUGUUGCACUCAAAAUCAAGUGAAGAAUCACUGGCAAAUUUCGCAAGGUGGGAACCCUGGCAUGGAAAAUUUUGGUUUCUAUUAUCCUUGGGAGAAAUACUUACAGAUAGGAGAGCUUAUUAG